GAGAGAUUUGGAAGAGGUGAGGGAGCUGCUCGCGAAAGCCACGAGGAAGCGGCUUCGCGACGUCCUGAUGGCGGAGAAGCUGAAGCUGGAGCUGGAAAUCAAGAAUCAGUCCCCGCCGAAGCCAAAAGACGGGGCGGAGGAAGAAAAGUUGUCACUGGGAGGGUACACGGUGAAAAUAAACAAUUACGGUUGGGAUCAGUCAGAUAAGUUUAUUAAGAUUUACAUCUCUUUAAAUGGAGUCCAGAAGCUUCCAGUUGAGAAUGUGCAGGUGAAUUUCACAGAGAGGUCGUUUGAUCUGCUAGUGAAGAAUCUGAAUGGGAAGAACUACACCAUGACCUUCAACAACCUCCUGAAACCCAUCUCUGUGGAAGGCAGCUCCAGAAAGAUAAAGACAGACAUGGUCCUUGUGAUGUGUAGGAAGAAGCGGGAGGAAAAAUGGGACUGUCUCACUCAAGUGGAAAAAGAAAGCAAAGACAAAGAGAAUGCUGCCUACGACACCUCUGAUCCUAGCGAAGGGCUUAUGAACCUUUUAAAAAAGAUGUAUGCAGAAGGGGAUGAUGAAAUGAAGCGCACCAUCAACAAGGCCUGGGUUGAAAGCAGAGAAAAGCAAUCCAAAGGGGACAUACCGAUGGAUAUUUGAAAGUAGGGGCCGCCUUAACACUGAUCUUCCAUGUGAGACAUGCUGUGCUGCAAAGAUCAUGGUUUAAACAACCUUCUUCCAAGCAAAGACAGUCAUUUUCCAUUUCAGGUUGGAGAAAAUAUUUAAAUAAAAUAGCUUCUAAAGCA